AUCACACCGCCUCGGAUACAUUUUCACAUUUGCAGAAGUAAAUAUUAAGGGUUGUACUUGAGACCUUUCCUCCUGAUUCUAGGGAACAGUAUUACAAAAAUGACAAAUCCACUGAUUAGCCGGCAAUCAUAUUGUUGUAUUAAAAAAAACCACAACUUUCCUGGCUGGUGUCGAAGAAUUCAAUUAAAAUCUUAUUAUCCUUUCUGUCCUUUCCGACUGCCCCGGGUAGGUCAGGUGCCAGGAGUCCCCCAAUUUCUCAGUGCCUCUGUGCAGUCCCUCAUCUAGGGGCUGGGGCUUGGCUCUCUCCCUCCCACUCUCUCUUUCUCUCUCUCUCUCUCUUUCUCCCCUGCCCCCUCCCCAUUUUUAAAAGGCUUUAAAGAACAUCUCAGGGAGACAAAAAUAGCUCCAGUUGUGAGAGGCCUACACCGUGGGAAGGCAACUGAGAUGCAAGUCAGCAAGUGGCAGCCGCGAACAUGAGGGUCUGGCCCCCUGUGGAUGUGCCUGGCAGUCCUUGUGCUGAUGCUGUGCCUGGGCCCGGUGGGUAGGAGGGCAGCUGGGUUCUCUGCGGGAGGGAGGUGGGCCGGGCAGCUCUGGGGUCCUGGAGUCCAUCAGAUCCGAUGGAAGGAUGGGAACCCCAGCAUUGGGGGCUGCAGGGCUGGCUCCGGCUUCCCCUCCCCCCAGGUUUUUAAGUGUUAUUUUGCCCAGGCGGGGACUGGCGCCGGUCAAAAGGAGCAGUUGGCACUGAAUGUCACCCUGAAGGUAAAGUGAAAGACAAAAGAUGAACGCAUGCUUGCUUUCCCUUUGCAGCGGCUGCGGCAGCGGCAGUGGCGGCUGGAGCAGCAGGAUUUAAAGGGGCAAAAAACCCUCCCGCCCGGACACACACCCAGAGGUGCCCUUUCUGCAAACGCAAUAAUGCCAUGGAGUCAUAACCGUGCUGGGAAUCUGGGGGGCUCCUAAAAGAUAUCGAUUUUUUUUUUAAAGAAAGAGAGAGGGAGGGAGGGAGAGAGCGAGAGAAACGCAUGCAAACAGAAACGUGCACAUACCACGUACCCACCCGAGGAGACCCCGGCAGCCUGGCUCUUCUCUGGCCAAGUUAUCAUUGAGAAAACAGACAGGCAUCAUGACGUCCCGGGUCACAGGGAGUGCGGACCGACGCUACCAAGAGCGGAGGGAGGCGCCCGGGCGCUCCGGCUAGCGGUGGGCGCCCCUCGGCCCCUGCAGCCCAGCUCGGGCUGCAAACACGGAUCAGCUGCUCCCGUGUACACACAACCCGGGAGCAGACCAACCGGCACAUUCCCAGCAGCCUCCUGCACCCCGAGACUGUCCAAGACCUCCUCUGCACGCAGGAACUUUCCUUCUCGGUUGUCAGAUGUAGCACCAUGCUCCUGUCAUCAGAUCCCAGCUAGGCUCCUGGCUGCACGGGAGAGAGGCUUCCUUAAGACAUUUGUCCUUGAAACUGCACCAAACUCUUGGAAGAACCCAGAACGUGAUGUUCCAGCCGCUGUUUAGAGAGUAGACUGAGAGGCAAGGGCGGAAGCCAAGACACCCACUAGGAGGCAACGGCUCUAACCCAGGAAGAGGUGACGGCGGCUUGGACCCCAGAGGCUUCUCUGCAGAAUGUCAAACAAAGAUCGACACAUUGAUUCCAGCUGUUCGUCCUUCAUCAAGACGGAACCCUCCAGCCCGGCCUCCCUGACGGACAGCGUCAACCACCACAGCCCAGGCGGCUCCUCGGACGCCAGUGGGAGCUACAGUUCAACCAUGAAUGGCCACCAGAACGGACUUGACUCGCCGCCUCUCUACCCUUCUGCUCCCAUCCUGGGAGGCAGCGGGCCCGUCAGGAAACUGUAUGACGACUGCUCCAGCACCAUCGUGGAGGACCCCCAGACCAAGUGUGAAUACAUGCUCAACUCCAUGCCCAAGAGACUGUGUUUGGUGUGCGGGGACAUCGCCUCUGGGUACCACUACGGGGUCGCGUCGUGUGAAGCCUGCAAGGCGUUCUUUAAGAGGACGAUUCAAGGGAACAUAGAGUACAGCUGUCCUGCUACGAACGAAUGUGAAAUCACGAAGCGCCGGCGUAAAUCCUGCCAAGCUUGCCGCUUCAUGAAGUGCUUGAAAGUGGGCAUGCUGAAGGAAGGAGUGCGUCUUGACAGAGUACGUGGAGGCCGGCAGAAGUACAAGCGCAGAAUAGAUGCGGAGAACAGCCCCUACCUGAACCCCCAGCUGGUUCAGCCAGCCAAAAAGCCAUUGCUCUGGUCUGAUCCUGCAGAUAACAAGAUUGUGUCCCAUUUGUUGGUGGCCGAACCGGAGAAGAUCUAUGCCAUGCCUGACCCCACCGUCCCCGACAGCGACAUCAAAGCCCUCACCACGCUGUGCGACUUGGCCGACCGAGAGCUGGUGGUGAUCAUUGGAUGGGCCAAGCAUAUUCCAGGCUUCUCCACGCUGUCCCUGGCCGACCAGAUGAGCCUCCUGCAAAGUGCUUGGAUGGAAAUUUUGAUCCUUGGUGUCGUCUACCGAUCUCUUUCGUUCGAGGAUGAACUUGUCUAUGCUGACGAUUAUAUAAUGGAUGAAGACCAGUCCAAGUUAGCGGGCCUUCUCGACCUAAAUAAUGCCAUCCUGCAGCUGGUGAAGAAAUACAAGAGCAUGAAGCUGGAGAAAGAGGAAUUCGUCACCCUCAAAGCAAUAGCUCUCGCUAAUUCAGACUCCAUGCACAUAGAGGACGUGGAGGCCGUGCAGAAGCUCCAGGACGUCCUGCACGAGGCCCUGCAGGACUACGAAGCCGGCCAGCACGUGGAGGACCCGCGCAGGGCGGGCAAGAUGCUGAUGACGCUGCCGCUGCUCAGGCAGACCUCCACCAAGGCCGUGCAGCACUUCUACAACAUCAAACUGGAAGGCAAGGUCCCCAUGCACAAACUCUUUUUGGAAAUGCUGGAGGCCAAGGUCUGACUAAAGGCCUCCUGGGCCGCCGCCUCCUGCACGCCCGCCAAGAAAGGGGAAAUAAACCCAAGCGUAAUGUGGAAGAAACGUAGAGCUUAGUCAACGCCAUCCCCAAUCAGCAAAGACUGCACUGAUCACUUAGCAGCAAGACUGUGAGCAGCUUUCAGAUUUCUCAUGUUUUCUUCUUCUCAUUUCUCUUCUUCUUUAUGUUUUUGUCCCCAUCCUCUCUCUUAUUCCUCCUUCCCCCCAUUUCUUGGCUUUCCUGAUUACUGGUCCCCUCUCUCUCAUUUCCUCCCUCCCUCCCUUUUUUUCUCUUCUCACCCUUUCCUUUUCUUCUAAAUUUUAAAUAGCUCUAGUAGUAAGAAACAUUUUAUUUCCUUUCUUUUCCUCCCUUCCUCAUUCCCUCCCUCCCCGCUCUCUCCCUUUCUUCCUCUCUCCCUAUCUGCUGCUGAACUUUUAAAAGAGGUCUCUAAUUGAAGAGAGGUGGAAGCCAGCCCUGCCAAAGGAAGGAAAUCCAUAGUAUGGAUGCCAGUGAACUUAAUUGUGAACCACAACGUCCCCCGUGACUAAGGAAUCAAAGAGAAAGAACCAACGUAGCUAAAGUACAGUGCAACACGAACGGAUCGACUGAGGGCAGUAUCAGAUUCCAUGGGAGCAGCCCCUAAUCAGACAACUUAAGCAACUUUGCAUCGGCUGCUUCUUAUCAUUGCUUUUCCAUCUCGAUCAGUUACAGCCAUUUGAUUCCUGAAUUGUUUUCUCAAAGUCUUCCAGGUAUUUGUUAGUUUAGCUACUAAGUAACUUUUUCAGGGAAUAGUUUAAGCUUUAUUCAUUCACGCAAUACUAAAGAGAAAUUAAGAAUACUGCAAUUUUGUGCUGGUUUUGAACAAUUAUGGACAAUAAUGAAGGACACAUGAAUCCUGAAGGAAGAUUUUUUUAAAAAAACGUUUUGUUUCUUCUUACAAAAUGGAGAUUUUUUUUUUGUACCAGCUUUACCACUUCUCAGCCAUUUAUUAAUAUGGGAAUUUAACCUACUCAAGCAAUAGUUGAAGGGAAGGUGCAUAUUCUCACGGAUGCAAUUUAUGUUGUGUGCCCGUCUGGUCCCAAACAUCAAGUUCUUUACGCGAGCUCCAGUUUCCCUAAAUGUUCUCUGACACGAAGGAUGAGAUUACACCUGCAGUGGCUCUGGGUGGUCACCUGUCAGCACUGCGCCUGGAAUCCAGAUCUGUAGCAUUUUCCGAAGCGCACCUCUCCACCUGGGAGGUGCCAUCGCCAUACGAUUUCUGCUGCGGUGGUUAGGGAUGCAUUACUGCCUAUCUGCAAAGUUACAGACCAUGUCCUGGAAGGAGCUGUGAGCCGGUCUUCAUUCAAGAGGCAAUAAUGCCAGAGUUGGAAGAACAACAACAAUAAAAAACCCCGUCAAAGAUGACGGAUGCCUGACCAAAUUCUAAAACCUCUUGGUAUGAGUUGAUUCAUUUAGGAAUGUUUAAUCUGUGGUUUUUAACCAAGAGCUAAGCCAAUACAGCUGCUUUUCAACCAGUAUUGUCCCAACCAGAAAGUCAGUCAGGUUCCCGACGGUGGAGAGGUGUAAUCUAAUGAAGGAGUCGAUUAGAUGCCCCCAAAACCUACAGUCACCGAAUACCCAAGAAACAGUAACCUCCAUCAGAUGCUAUCCAAUGGACCAGUGUUAGUAGCUGCUCCCUGUACCAUGUGAACAGUCUUCUUCUAUGUACACAGAUGUAAUUAAAAUUGUAAUCCUAACAAACAAAAAGAGAUGUAGUUCAGCUUUUCAAUGUUUCAUGUUUGCUGUGCUUUCUCGGAGUUUUAUGUUGCAUUCAAAGACUGUUUGUCUUGUUCUUCUUGUGGUGUUUGGAUUCUCGUGGUGUGUGCUUUUAGACACAGGGUAGAAUUAGAGACAAUAUUGGAUGUACAAUUCCUCAGGAGACUACCGUAGUAUAUUCUAUUCCUUACCCGUAAUAAGGUUCUUCAUAAUAAGAAUUAAGAGAUUGAAACUCCAAACAAGUAUUCCUUAUGAACAGAUCCACAUCAAAAAUCAUAAUAUUUUCAAAACAAGGGAUAAUUUCUCUAAUGGUUUAUUAUAGAAUACCAAUGUAUAGCUUAGAAAUAAAACUUUGAAUAUUUCAAGAAUAUAGAUAAGUCUAAGUUUUAAAUGCUGUAUAUAUAUGGCUUUCACUCACUCAUCUCUCCCACAAUGUUGUUAUUAACUCGCUCUGUGUUGUUGCAAAACUUUUUUGGUGCGGAUACGUUUCCAAAACUCUUGCUACUUGGUGUGCUUUAAACAAAAUACCUUGGGUUGAUGGUUCAUCAACCUCAUGCUAGAAAUACUGUGUAUCUAUCAUUAGCUAUAUGGGACUAUAUUGUAGAUUGUGGUUUCUCAGUAGAGAAGUGAUUGUAGUGUGAUUCUAGAUAAAUCAUCAUUAGCAAUUCAUUCAGAUGGUCAAUAACUUGAAAUUUAUAGCUGUGAUAGGAGUUCAGAAAUUGGCACAUCCCUUGAAAAAUAACAGAACAAUCCAACUCCUGGGAAAAUAAAAAGGUGCUGAUUCUAUAAGAUUAUUUAUAUAUGUAAGUGUUUAAAAAAAAAGAUUAUUUUCCAGAAAGUCUGUGCAGGGUUUAAGUUGCUACUAUUCAACCACACUAUAUGUAAAUGAAAUAUAUACAAAUAUACAUCGUUUUUACUGUAUCACAUUAAAGUACUUGGGCUUCAGAAGUAAGAGCCAACCAACUGAAAACAGGAGAUGGAGAUAUGUGGAAAGAAGAGAGGACAAUUUUAAGUUUUCAGUUUAAGUGAAACACGUAACCCAUAAAUAGGAAAUACAACGAACAAUGCAGAUUUAAAAGUACUGCACGGGCUUUAGGGCAAAUGCCCCGCUUAAAACCUCGCUUGAGGUAAGUCUUUUCGAGUUUCAGGCAAGACCAUUUACUUAAUGUGAAGUAUUGGGAAGUUAUGUUUGGGAAGUAAAGGUAUAUGUUUUAGCUAUAUGAUUUUAAUUUUGAUUGUGUUUCUUUUUCAGUUGGUUCUUAUUUAAAGCAAUAUGAUUGUGUGACUACCUGCUGUUACUCUUGUGUUUCAAUCAGCUCAGAUUGUUGUAUUUAUUCCACUAUUUUGCAUUUAAAUGAUAACAUAAAAGAUAUAAAAAAUUUAAAACUGCUAUUUUUCUUAUAGAAGAGAAAAUGGGUGUUGGUGAUUGUAUUUUAAUUAUUUAAGCGUCUCUGUUUACCUGCCUAGGAAAACAUUUUAUGGCAGUCUUAUGUGCAAAGAUCGUAAAAGGACAAAAAAAAAAUUUAAACUGCUUAUAAUAAUCCAGGAGUUGCAUUAUAGCCAAUAGUAAAAAGAAUAAUAAUAAUAAUGAUAAUAAUAAUAAAACCAUGUCUAUAGCUGUAGAUGGGCCUCACAUCUGUAAAGCAAUCAAUUGUAUAUUUUUGUGAUGUGUACCAUACCGUGUGCUCCAACCAAUGUCCAUUUGUGUAAAUGUAUUUAUUUUAUAUUGUAUAUAUUGUUAAAUGCAAAAAGGAGAUAUGAUUCUGUAACUCCAAUCAGUUCAGAUGUGUAACUCAAAUUAUUAUGCCUUUCGGGAUGAUGGUAGAGCAAUAUUAAACAAGCUUCCACUUUUGAUUGCUCUUCCGUAUGGUGUUUCUUUAUUUCCCUCCAGACGAAAGAACCAAAUCAAUAAACAUCGCCCUUUGUUGCUUCCAUUGAAAGAGUGGCUCUGAGUACCUGUUUCCUAAAAAUAAA